AGCGUCGACUCGGCGCUUUUUGAAAAGAAUGCUUCUUGAAUUCGUUUGAACGUAUCGAAGACUUGACUCUCUAUGUUCGUCACUACUCAACCUGAGUGAAAACAACAUUUAUUCAAGUUUCGUGUCCAGAUAAACUCGUCGCGGCGCACGUUGAAGCAUCUCAGGCUAGCUUAUCUUGGUCGAACAUGCUAGCCGUGAACAAAGAACCGCCUUUGUUCGCUCCACAUCGCGAAGCAGAGAUCAAGUGUGAUUCUAAAGUGGAGUGAUGACCAUCGUGUGAAAAUGUUUGCAAAAAGUGUGAAAGACGAGUACGAGGAGCGACUUUGUGGAACAGAAGAUAUUAACGAGCCACAACGUCAACCAGUGGACGUUGUUUUCAAGAAGCCUCAAGCUGAACCACAGAGAACAGACAGCAGUGAAGAAAAUCAUCACAGUGUGCCGCGGCAGCAGUUUGAGUCCCCUCAGUUUAAACAGGAAGAGGAGCAAGAGCCCACCCACGUCAAAGAAGAAGUGGACGAGGCUGAGAUCACCAAGUUUCCAUUGACUGUCAUUGUGAAGAGUGAAGAUGAUGAUGGCGAUGAAGCCCACUUUGGAGGAUCCCAAGCUGACAGCCUCUUAGCGCCACUCUCAGAUAGUGACGACAUAACGUCGCACUCUUCUGCUGCUGAUAAUAAUGAGCGCUCGAAAGUUGACGUGACAUGUCACGCCAAAGGGAAACGCUUGGAAUGUUCUCAGUGUGACAAAACGUUUGCCAAAGAGUAUUUGUUAAAAAUACACACCAGAACACACACUGGCGAGAAACCUUUUGCCUGCUCAGUUUGCGGCAAAAGAUUCACUCAGAAGGGACAGUUAAUCGGACACACAAGAACACACACUGGGGAGAAACCUUUUGCCUGCUCAGUUUGUGGGAAAACAUUCUCGGAAAAGGGACACGUAAGAGUCCACGCGAGAACACACACGGGAGAUAAACCUUUUGCCUGCUCAGUUUGUGGUAAAAAAUUUGCUGAAAAAGGCAGUUUGAUCAGGCACACAAGAACACACACUGGUGAGAAGCCUUUUGCCUGCACGGUUUGUGAUGAAAGAUUCUCGGUCAAGGUGGGAUUGACGAAUCACUUCAGAAACCAUACUGGUGAAAAACCGUUUGUCUGCUCAGUUUGUGGUAAAGGAUUCACUCAAAAGGGACAUUUAAUAACACAUAAAAGGACACACACGGGGGAAAAAAUUUUUGCCUGCUCAGUCUGCGGUCUCCGGGUAACUCAAAAGAUUCAUUUAACAACUCACAUGCGAAUCCACACCGGAGAGAAACCUUUUCCCUGCUUAAUUUGUGAGAAAAGAUUCACAGAAAAGGGAAGCUUAAUUAGGCACACAAGAACACACACUGGAGAGAAACCUUUUGCCUGCCAAGUUUGCGCUCAAAGAUUUUCUGACAGGGGACAUUUAAAAACACACUUGAGAACACACACUGGAGAGAAACCUUUUGCCUGUCCAGUUUGUGGGAAGGGAUUUGCAGAAAAGAGAAACUUGACAACUCACUCGAGGACGCACACCGGAGAGAAACCUUUUGCGUGCACUGUCUGUCCAUUAACUUUCAUUGAUCGUUCUGGAUUGAAUAAACACAUGAGAACACACACUGGUGAGAAACCGUUCGCUUGUGGUGUGUGUGAUGAAAGCUUUAGUUUUAAUUAUCAGUUGAUCAAACACAAGUGUGCUGGCGGGAAGAGCGGCAGCAAAUGAAGGCUCAGAUUUAUUGUAAAGAGACGUAGACUCCGUGUGGUGAACUGUUGAAAAGCAGAUUUGUGAUUCUGAAGAAAAUGUUCAGCAACCACGUACAGUCGAGAGUAUUAUGCAAAAGUCUUGGGCCACCGCAGGAUUUGCUUUCGCGGUUGCAUCAUAAUCAUGUAUCACUUGAAGGCCACUGAACUACGAAUAAAAGCGAAGGCAAUGAAUGGA